AUGUCCAGAAUAGACUCAGACCUGCAGAAGGCGCUAAAGAAGGCGUGCUCUGUCGAGGAGACGGCGCCCAAGAGAAAGCACGUUCGUGCAUGCAUAGUGUACACAUGGGACCACCAGUCUUCCAAAGCUGUGUUCACGACGCUCAAGACGCUGCCGCUGGCUAACGAUGAAGUGCAGUUGUUCAAGAUGCUUAUUGUACUGCACAAGAUUAUACAGGAGGGCCAUCCGUCAGCGCUAGCCGAGGCGAUCCGCGAUAGGGAAUGGAUCAGGUCGCUGGGCAGGGUGCAUUCGGGCGGGUCAUCGUACAGCAAAUUGAUCCGGGAGUACGUGCGGUACCUGGUUCUGAAGCUGGACUUCCACGCGCAGCACAGAGGCUUCAACAACGGGACGUUCGAGUACGAAGAGUAUGUGUCGCUGGUGUCUGUUUCCGACCCGGACGAAGGCUACGAGACAAUCCUGGACCUGAUGUCGUUGCAGGAUUCGCUUGACGAGUUCUCACAGAUCAUUUUUGCCUCGAUCCAGUCCGAGAGGAGGAACACCGAGUGCAAGAUUUCCGCGCUGAUUCCGCUGAUUGCGGAGUCAUACGGUAUUUACAAGUUCAUCACCUCGAUGCUGAGAGCCAUGCACAGGCAAUUGAAUGAUGCGGAGGGCGAUGCCGCCCUGCAGCCUCUGAAAGAGCGGUACGAGCUGCAACACGCCAGGCUGUUUGAGUUCUACGCGGAUUGCUCUUCUGUGAAGUACUUGACCACGUUGGUCACUAUCCCAAAACUGCCCGUGGACGCUCCAGACGUGUUUGUGAUCAACGACGUGGACGAGUCGAAGGAGAUCAAGUUUCAGAGAAAAAGAGAAGCGUCGCGAACUCCAGCGCGGACUCCGACGCCCACGCCACCUGUUGUGGUCGAGCCAGCCGUGUCCCCACGUCCGGCGUCUCGAAGGACUACUUCGACGCCCACGGGCUACUUGCAGGCCAUGUCGACCGGAGCCACCACAGCAAUGAUGAUUCCCACCGUCACGGGUGCAGCCAAUGCCAUGUUUCCACAGACGACGGCACAGAUGCAGCCGGAUUUUUGGGCUAAUCAGCAGGCCCAGUUUGCCAACGAGCAGAAUCGCCUGGAGCAAGAGCGCUUGCAACAGUUGCAAGAACAGCAAGCACAGCAGGAACAGUUCCAACAGCAGCUGCAAAACGCGCAACAGGACAUGAUGAGUGUGCAACUGCAACAACAAAACCAACACCAAAACGACCUUAUCGCCCUCACCAACCAGUAUGAAAAGGACCAGGCCCUGUUGCAGCAGUACGACCAAAGAGUGCAGCAGCUGGAAAACGAAAUUGCGACGAUGGAUUCGACUGCCUCCAAACAACUGGCCAAUAAAGAUGAACAACUGGCCGCUUUGCAGGAUCAAUUGGACGUUUGGGAAAGGAAAUACGACUCAUUGGGCAAGUUGUACUCGCAAUUGCGUCAAGAGCACCUAAACCUCUUACCCCGCUUCAAAAAACUGCAGUUGAAGGUCAAUAGCGCUCAGGAAUCGAUCCAGAAAAAGGAACAACUAGAGCAAAAAUUGAAGCAAAAGGAUUUGCAAAUGGCCGAAUUGGUCAAGGACCGUGAUAGAGCAAGAUUGGAAUUGGAGAGGUCUACCAAUAACGUGGACGCGGACGCGGCGGCUGCCGCGGCUGCCGCAGAAACGAUGUCUGGGAACAAGAUGAGCCCUAUCUUGGAUGCCAUAUUAGAAAGCGGUAUCAACACCAUCCAGGAAUCGGUGUAUAACCUCGAUUCGCCCUUGAGUUGGUCCGGUCCGCUAACCCCCCCCACUUUCCUUCUGUCCCUUUUGGAAAGCACUUCUGAAAAUGCCACUGAAUUCGCCACAAGCUUCAACAACUUGAUAGUAGACGGUCUGGUCCGCGGUGAUCAGACAGAAGUCAUACGCUGCGUAAGCGAAUUUAGCACCUCAAUGGCGACGCUGGUGACCAACUCUAAGGCGUACGCCGUUACCACAUUGCCUCAGGAACAGUCGGAUCAGAUCCUGACCCUGGUGAAAAGAUGUGCCAGAGAGGCGCAGUAUUUCUUCGAGGACUUGAUGUCUGAAAACCUCAACCAACUUGGCGAUGAAGAGAAGACCGAUAUUGUCAUUAACGCCAACGUUGACAUGCAAGAGAAGCUGCAAGAGCUGUCGCUAGCCAUUGAACCACUCUUGAAUAUGCAAUCCGUGAAAUCAAACAAAGAGACAAAUCCACAUUCCGAAUUAGUCGCCACCGCUGACAAGAUUGUCAAGUCUUCGCAACACUUGCGUGUUGAUGUCCCCAAGCCAUUGUUGUCAUUGGCACUUCUGAUCAUUGACGCUGUGGUGGCUUUGGUGAAGGCCGCCAUUCAAUGCCAGAAUGAAAUCGCCACCACAACAAGCAUCCCUCUAAACCAAUUUUACUUGAAAAACAGCAGAUGGACUGAAGGGUUGAUCUCUGCCGCCAAGGCCGUGGCCAACGCUACCAAUGUUUUGAUUUCCACGGCAAGUAACUUGAUUACCUCUGAAGAUGGCGGUAAUACGUCACCUGAACAAUUCAUUGUUGCGUCCAAAGAAGUGGCUGCCUCUACAAUUCAAUUGGUGGCGGCAUCUAGAGUGAAGACUUCUAUCCACUCCAAGGCUCAAGACAAACUGGAACACUGUUCCAAGGAUGUUACCGAUGCGUGCAAGAGCUUAGGUAACCACGUCAUGGGCUUGAUUGAAGACGAGCAUUCAAAUUCUCAACAACAGCAACCAUUGGAAUUCACAUCCGAACACACGUUGAAGACUGUCGAGAUGGAGCAACAAGUAGAGAUUUUGAAAUUGGAACAAUCUUUGAGUAAUGCCAGAAAGAGAUUGGGUGAAAUAAGAAGGCAUGCUUACUAUAAUCAGGACGAUGAUCAAUAA